UGACAUUUCGUAGUUGUCAGUCAAGUUGUGUAAUAUCAAAAAAACAUUCCUAGACUUAAACGUAAAAUUACUAUCACAAUGUAAAAUAAAGCUAUUUUUGAUACUUAUUAACUUAGAUUACGGCUUUGUGGAACCAGCAAGCAUGUCGUAAUUUUUGUAAAAAAUUCAAUGUAAAUAAUUUUCUCUAUUAUGCGACAUAACCUUGAAAUUUAAAAUGUUAGCACCAAAAAGAUUAUUUUUUGAAGUUUUCCGCACAUUCUAUACAACAUAUCAAGUUGGCGCUAGUCAUUACGAUGUGCUUGGAAUAACACCUAAAGCCACACAAAAUGAUAUAAAAUCAGCAUACUAUAAAUUAUCGAAACUAUACCAUCCAGAUAAAUCCAAGGAUGAAGAAUCUGCAAAAAAAUUUAGAGCAAUAACAGAAGCUUAUGAAGUCCUAGGCAAUAUUAAACUGAAAAAAAUGUAUGACAAAGGUCUUCUUGUGGGUAGAUCGAGUGCCACUCACACUGAUUACAAACCUGAGGAAGAACCUACAGAUCCUACAUUAAAAUUCUAUAAAUCAAGAAAAGAUAGAAAUGUUGUCCCUACAAUGGAUGGAAAAACACCUAUUUAUGAUUUUGAUGCUUGGUCGAAACAUCACUAUGGUAGUUUAUUGAAGAAGAACCAAGAUCAAAAAGAGUUUGUCAGAAAGCAAAGAGAGAAACAAAUUUCUAAAGAGCAAUCUGCCAAACAGGAACUCACCCUUUAUUCUAUGUUUGCCAUUGGUACACUCUUCAUGGCUUUAUUAGUUUAUGGUACAGCUGAUUAUGAUACAGUAGAUCAAACAAUAGGAAGAAAAAAUAAUGGUAAUAUAGAAACAACAGAGUCUAGUAAUUAAUUAUUAAUUAUAUUUACCAUUCAUAACUUAUAUUUUAAUUAACUACAAAAUCUCUUAUUUAUUAUUACUGUGAUUAUUACUGUGCAACAGAGACAUCUAGCCGUUAAAAUAUGUAUAAGAUGUAUAUAUUGUACAUAGCAAAUUACUUAGUUGUAGUAAAUUAUUAAAUGCUUGAAAUAAAAUGAUAUAUUUUAUGGCA